GUUGAUUUUAAAUGCUUGCUGUCAAGAUUGGCUUGGGUUUCGCCCGCAACUAAUAACGAAGCACAACUAAUUAUACAGAUGGCAACCCAGUGUGUGGUGAAGCUCGAGCUCGUAAUUUCCUGCAAAAACUUGCUAGACAAAGAUGUUGGCUCGAAGUCCGACCCUCUGUGCGUGCUCCUGCAGAGUACAGGCGGUGACAACUGGACAGAGGUGGACCGCACCGAGAAAGUAAAGAACUGUCAGGAUCCGGAGUUCUCCAAGAGGCUGUGCAUCGACUACUAUUUUGAGAAGGUGCAGAAAAUAAAGCUGGGAGUCUAUGACAUCGACAACAAGUCUGUUGACCUGAAAGACGAUGACUACUUGGGAGGAUUUGAGUGCACCCUGGGCCAGGUUGUCUCAAGUAAGAAGAUCACCAACCCCCUUCAGCUUAAGCCAGGCAAGCCAGCUGGGAAAGGCACAAUAACGAUUGUGGCAGAGGAAAUUAAGGACAACAGGGCCAUUGCCAUAGAGGUGGAAGCCAGAAACCUGGACAAGAAGGACUUGUUUGGCAAGUCGGAUCCUUUUCUGGAAUUCUUCAAGCAAGAUGAUGAUGGCAAAUGGCUGCUAGUCCACAGGACUGAGGUCAUUAAGAACAAUUUGAGUCCAUCCUGGAAAAAGUUUGUGGUUUCUCUGCAUUCUUUCUGCAGUGGAGACCUGAACAAGCCAAUUAAGGUCAACUGCUUUGACUAUGAUAAUGAUGGCACUCACGAUCUGAUUGGCGUUUUCCAAACUAAUGUGUCCGAGCUACUGAAAGCAGACGGUAGUUCUGCGGCUGAAUAUGAGUGUAUACACCCGGAGAAGCAGAAGAAGAAAAAGAGCUACAAAAAUUCUGGAGUUGUCCGUUUUAAAUCUUGUAAGAUAGAGACGCAGUACACGUUCCUGGAUUAUGUGAUGGGGGGGUGCCAGAUAAAUUUCACGGUGGGGAUAGACUUCACUGGCUCCAACGGGGACCCUCGCUCUCCAGACUCUCUGCACUAUCUCAGUCCCAGUGGAGUGAACCAGUACCUGAACGCUCUCUGGUCUGUGGGGCUGGUCGUCCAGGACUAUGACACGGACAAACUGUUUCCUGCCUUUGGAUUUGGUGCUCAGGUCCCUCCAAAUUUUCAGGUCUCCCACGAGUUUCCUCUGAACUUCAACCCCAGCAGUCCUUACUGCGAGGGCGUGGAGGGCAUUGUGCAGGCGUACCGCACAGCCCUGCCCCAAGUCCGCCUCUACGGCCCCACCAACUUCUCCCCCAUCAUCAACCACGUGGCCCGCAUCGCAGCCCAGCAGCCAACUGCAGCUCAAUACUUUGUGCUGCUGAUCAUUACUGACGGCGAGAUCACGGACAUGGACCAAACGAAGCAGGCCAUCGUGAACAGCUCCAAGCUGCCCAUGUCCAUCAUCAUUGUGGGCGUGGGCGAGGCCGACUUCAAGGCAAUGGAUGUGCUGGAUGGAGACAACGGCAUCCUGAAGUCCCCGAGCGGCGAGGCCGCCGUCAGGGACAUCGUUCAGUUCGUGCCUUUCAAAGACUUUACCAACUCUCCGAAAGAAACCCUGGCCCAGAGCGUUCUGGCGGAAGUGCCCAGUCAACUGGUAUCUUACUUCAGGAUGAGGGGUCUGAGCCCUGUCAACCCUCCUGCCCCUCAGAAGUAGAGACGACGGUCUGUAGGAGCCGCCGCCCCUGCCGCGGAGCCCCGUAGCUCCCUGGUGAAGCCCGAGUGGUGGCGGAUAGCUAGCUCGUUAGCAAGACUACUUUUUGUAUAAUGCAAUUCAUAUUAUGCAUGCCAUGAUGACUUGUACCUCCCAGAGGCCUUAUUUUUAUGAUGCUUGAUUAGUUUUACACAUCUGUACGUCUCUCGCAUUCUCUGCACUUUCACUGAGCUCGCAGGGGUUUCUCAGAAGCAUCAGAAAAACAAACAUCCAUGUGAAGCAAAUGUCAGUGUGAGCCAGCGCUCUAGAAAGGGAAAUGGUCUUUGGCGAGCUGCGUUUGUACAAUGGCUUCCCAGCUGCUUGUUUUUACAAGAUUAAAAAAAGGUAGUUGUGCGGCUCCACCUGUGGACAGAGAAGACAAAUGUCAUCCGCAAACCCUGAUGCACGUGUAAGCUGGCGCUGCAGUUCUCUGUUUGACCUUUGACCUGGGGUUUUCUGAAGCCAUGUUUGCACAAGGCCGUUUGCGCCACUUGUCUGUUUCCUAAUUUCAUCAGGACACGUUAAAGAAAAGUAAUGAUUACAGCAUUUGAGCUAAAAAAAAAAAAAAAAAGAUAAACCC